AUGUUCGCCGUCGCCGCCGUCUCCGGCUCUCGCAUCGCCGUCUCGAGCUCGUUCUCGCCGCAAACGCGACCGGCCCAACGCCGAGGCGCGCUCCAUGUCGUCGCAGCGGAUAAGCGCACGCGGCCGGCGGUGGCUGAUGUCGCAUCGUUCCAAAAGGGCGGCGCCAGCGACACCGGUGGGUCGAGUGUGCAAAUCGCGCUCCUUACGCGACGCAUCGAAGGUUUGACCACGCACUUGUUGAAGAACAAGAAGGACUACUCCACCCAACGCGGGCUGAAGAAGCUCUUGGGUCAGCGCAGCCGCCUUCAAAACUACCUCAAGAAGAAGAACUUCGAGGAGUACUCGCAAACCAUGGAUGCGCUGGGCCUGAAGCGGUGA